UUCUUCUUUCCACAGAUGCGCAAUCUUGUGCUCGCGUCGCAGCGGUGCCAUCCGCCAAAGCUCGACCUGAGCAAUGUAGCGCUGAUUGCGACGGAUCCCGACACGGACACGAUCUUUGGCGCGAGUCCUGACGGCUGGGUCUUUGCGUGGAAUGGCGCCAAAGGCGAUUGGAUGGCCGAGGCCCACAUUGACUGGUUCUACCCGCCCGCAGGCACCACCCCCGACCCCCAGCGCACCCCAGUAGACCUCGACCGUGGCGCUGUUGCUGCUGCGGGUGCUGCGGGCGGGGCGCCGGUCUGCUUGACGUACCUGCCCGACGCUGGCCUGCUCUUCCUCGCGCUGGCGUCCGGCAGCAUCUACACGUGCAACCCGGAGAUGCAGGUCUGGGACGCGGUGGGCGCCGUGGACGACGGGCUGCUGGGUGCAUGCUGGAGCCCCGACCACGAGCUGCUCGUGCUGACGACGGGCGCCAGCAAGGUCAUCCUCAUGACGCGCGAGUACGACGUGGUUGCCGAAUCGCCCAUCCUCACCGACGACUUUGGCGAGGCAAAGCCCGUCGCCGUCGGCUGGGGCUCGACAGACACGCAGUUUGGUGGCACGGCGGGCAAGGCGGCCGUCCGGAAGGUCACGGAGGCAGCGCAAAAGGCCGCCAUCGACGCCGUGACGGGAUCUGACAAGGACGUGACGGCAUUCACCGACGAUGCGUUGGCGCGCGUAUCCUGGCGCGCAGACGGCCAGUUCUUUGUGGUGAGCAUCAAGGCGCCUGCUGCAAGCCACAAGCGCAUUCUGCGAGUCUACAACCGCGCAGGCGUCUUGCAGUCGACCAGCGAAGAGGUCGCCGGGUUGGAACAUGCAGUCAGCUGGCGACCGUCGGGAAACCUCAUUGCGUCAUCGCAGCGCUUGCCCCACCGCCACGACAUUGUGUUCUUUGAGCGAAAUGGCCUGCGACACGGCGAGUUCACGCUGCCGUUCGGGCGCGAUCAGGUCGUGGUUCGCGAGCUCGCGUGGAAUGCCGACUCGUCCGUGCUCGCCGUCUGGUUGGAGGCAACGCCCAUUGUGCUGGCGCGUCUUGUCAAGACCGCCAGCAGCGUUUCGAACACGGCAUCAGCAUCAAAGUCGGCGGCAGCGGUCGGCGCCGCGGCGUCUCAGAACAAGCAGCGCGACGCGCCAUUGUCGUGCCUGCAGCUGUGGACGGUCGGCAACUACCACUGGUAUUUGAAGCAAGAGUACACGUUUGGUGCCGAGUCGAACGGCCCGGAUACGCGCUCUGGCUACAUUUCCAGCGUUGUUUGGGACACGGAGGAUCCUCUGACCGUGCACGUCAUGUGCGACGAUGGCCAGUACCUGCGGAUGUCGCACGUCACCGAUAUCGCCAUCAGCGUUGGUCCACGUCACGUGGCAGCCAGCAGCGCCUCUCCUACCGCCGCCAAACACAUGUCGACGGUCGCGGUCUGCGAUGGCAGCGACUUGCUGUUGUCGCACUUUCAAAAGAUGAUUGUCCCGCCUCCCAUGUCCUCGAGCAAGCUGCCGCUGUCGACCUGUGCUCGCGCAGUGUCCUUUGCACCGGAUGGAUCGGGCCGAAUUGCCGUGCUGCGUGGUGACGGAACUGUGGCGCUGUUCCACGCCUCGAGCCCGACUGCGCUGGCCGCCGCUCCCACUUUGGCCGGCGAGCUUGCAGUGCACGACAUCAAGAAGCACGCAAGCGAGCUUGGCAUGCAUGCUCCGGUGCGAUUGCUGACAUGGUGGCAAGCCGACCUGCUGGUCUUUGUUCGUGCGGGCACCAACCCCAUUGCAGAGACACUUGUUGCUGUCAAGUUUGAUCCGACCACGUACACCAUCUCUAGCGUGCACGAGCUGACCUUGCCGGCCGCUCAAGUCAUUGUCAGACUUGCUGUUGACCCGACAAGCGGUCGAUUGUUCGUUGCUUCGGACAAUGGGCAUUACGAGGAGGUCACCUACUCGGUCGACUCGGGCCUUCAGGUCACGACCUUGCCUUUCAGGAGUCCGACUUGCCAUUGGGUUGCCCCGACCACGGUCGGGCCGGACAAUACACUGUUGGUCAUCUCCCAAAGCAAGAGCAUGGGUCUUUUCGUGAACGGUUUCAAGCUUGCCGCCAGCUGCAACUCGUUCGCGCUGCAUGAGGAAUUUGUCGUGUUUGCCUGCAGCGACCACGCGUGCCGCUUUGUGGCUCUGUCCGAUCUUGCGCGUAUUGUGACGAGCGGUGCUCCUGCAGUGGACAUUUCGGCACGACUGGCCGCGUUGGUGCAUGCUGCCACAGCGGCAUCCAGCGGCGAUCACUCCGUCCGUCGUGUUGAGCGCGGUUCGAAGAUUGUUGCUGUGAUUGCCAAUGACAUGCGGGUUGUCUUCCAGAUGCCCCGCGGCAACCUCGAGACUGUCGCUCCUCGCAUGCUAGCGCUGUCGACGCUUCGUCAAUAUCUCGACCAACAUCGCUACCGCGAUGCGCUGGAAAUGAUGCGAAAGCACCGCAUUGACAUGAACUUUGCCUACGACCACAACCCCAGCGAAUUUAUGGCGUCUAUCGACGAGUUUGUGCGCCAAGUCAACCACACCACCAUGAUCAACCUCUUCUUGACCGAGCUGCGUGACGAAGAUACGGUGAUUUCCAUGUACAACACGAGCGCGACCACCGCGGCCGCCGCUGCUGUCCAGCAAGCUGACGCUGCGGCGCAAGUGUCCGAGUACGAGCAACAGCAAAUGCGUCUCCGUUCUGCUGCCGUUCCAGGCAAGACAAACAAGAUUUGCGACGCAGUCCACGCCGCGCUGAAGCGUCUCGAUCCCGACAAGUUCUUGCUGUCCUGCUUUACGGCCCUCGCGCGCAAGUCGCCGCCGCAGCUCGAAACCAUUCUUGAGACAAUCAAGACGAUGUGUGCUUCCGAAGCGGCCAAGUCGACGGUGCAGCCGUCCACCCCGAAAACGAGCUCUGCCGCCGAGGCGCUGGCGUUUGUGAUUUUCCUUGCCGACGUCAACCUGUUAUUUGAUGUCGCUCUUGGCAUGUACGACUUUGAGCUGACGAUCGUGAUUGCAGAGCAGUCGCAAAAGGAUCCCAAGGAAUACCUUCCAUUCAUCCAUUCUUUGCAAGCACUCGACACCCAUAUGCAACGCUUCACCAUUGAUCGCCACCUCAAGCGCUUUGACAAGGCCGUGCAGAGCCUCGUCCGCGCGAGCGCAGAGCCAGCCGUUUCAGUUGAAGAGCGCACCAAGCGCGCGUCCGAGGUCAUGCCGUUCGUUCGCAAGCAUGCCUUGUACCGCACGUGCCUGGCCAUUUUCGAUUUGGGGGAUGCGACGCACAGCACUUCGGCACUCAGCGCCCGUAUUGGCGAGUACUCUCGACGCCAAUGGCUGUAUGCAGCACUUGAUGCGUAUGCGGACUACCUGCAGACGCAAGAUCAGCACGAGGAGGCAGGCCUGUUGUUCACCCGUGCAACGCGACACUCCAAGGCAGCGCAUGCCUUCCGCAAGUGCCGAAAUUGGCGCCGGCUGUUUGUUGCGUUGGAUCGGGUCAAUCAGCAGCGUCAGGCUUCUGUCGAGGGCUCGCCGUUUGUGACCGAGUUUGGUGCUGAUCGCGAACUGAUGCUGUUCGACCCCACCGAGCGCGAUUUGCUGGAGCUUGACGAUGAGCAUUGGACUGCUCACUACGAGACGGUCGCCGUCGACAUGGCCCGUUCCCUGACGGAGCGAGCUCUGCCGCGCGAGGCAGUCCAGGUUCUGCUCUACCACACGCCCGGUGUCAAUCGCGUUGAAGACGCCAUCCAAAUCCUGAUUCGUGCACAGCUGUGGGAGGACGCGACGCUUGCCUGCUACCAAUGGAAACGCCAAGAUCUCAUCGAAACCAACCUCGAACCGCACGUCGAAGAGAUGCAUGACUUGCACUCGACGACCAUCGCCACGUUGAAGGAGGACAUCGCCAAGCACACGAGCCGUCUUCUGAUUGUGCGCGAGCAAAAGCGAGCUGCCGCGGCCGCGAAUGUUUCUGAUCUUGGAAUGGACGGAGAAGGUGUGGCAGACGAUUCAGACUUGUAUUCGGACACCACGAGUGUUGCGUCGAUGGCGACGAGCCGCAGCGGUCGUUCCGCCAGCUCGCGCACGAGCAUGACGUCCACUCGCCAAACGGGCAAAAAGUCUCAAAAGGCCCACAACAAGAAGCUUCGACUGCGCGAGGGCUCGCUUCACGAAGAGGAGGCCUUGAUGGAGGCACUCCGCGAAGCCAUUGCACGUGGCGAUGCCAUGCAAGAGGAAAUCCGCGAUCUUUUGCGGAUUCUCGUGUCCCUUGGACGCCAGGCAGCGGCAAGCAAGCUGCAAGAAUCAUACUCGGCACUGUUGAGCAUCAUGCGCACAAAUCAUCCCAUCAUUUGGCCAGCGGCGGCGUUGUCGGCUCAGACCGCUCCGACAGGGCCUGCCUUGAGCACUGCCCAAAUGAUCUCCCUGCUCACGCAACAAGCAACGCUCGCGGCGUCUUCCAGCGCCUCCUCGUCCACUGCUGCCGGUCCAUCCGCUUCUUCGUCAAUGGUAGCAGCUCCGGUCCUACGCACGCUUUCGUGGCAAAUGUCCUUGUUCUAAAUUCCCAAUUUUACAUCAAUACAGAUCUUUAGUGUCG